CCAUUUCUCCAAUAAUCUCCACGAACUUUCUCAUCAUCAUCUUCUUCUUUUUCUUUUUUUCUCUUUGUCUUCAUCUUCAACUUAAGACCAUCUCUUAUAAACAACAAAUACAUACAUGCAAGUAAAGAUAGAUAUAGAGAUAUUAUUAUUAUAAAUCUUGUUUUCUUCUGUAAAUCAACAAAAAUACAGGCGCGCAGUCACGAGAAGUUCAUGGCGGCCCGUCCUCUUGCUUCCUCACCUCUUUUUUCUGAAUCCACCGACACUAACACCACCGCAACCAAUGGUUUUCCAGUGAACUCCACAAGUUCAUACUACGGUGCUCCUGAUGUUAAACGACAACCAGCCGUCCUUCCUGCCAGGCCCAAAAUUAGGCGUCCAUGGUCAACGGGUCUCUGCGACUGCUUCUCCGACUGUCGAAACUGCUGCAUAACAUGUUGGUGCCCAUGUAUCACUUUUGGCCAGAUCGCGGAGAUUAUAGACAAGGGAUCAUCGUCAUGUGGUGUAAACGGAGCAUUAUACACGUUAAUUGCAUGCGUGGUUGGAUGUGCUUCCUGCUAUUCAUGUUUCUAUCGGACAAAAAUGAGGCAGCAGUACAUGUUGAAGGAGAGCCCAUGUGGCGAUUGUUGUGUUCAUUGUUGCUGUGAGUACUGUGCUCUCUGCCAAGAGUAUCGUGAGCUCAAGAACCGUGGAUAUGACAUGUCUAUAGGGUGGCAUGGAAACAUGGAGAAACAGAGUAGGGAGGUGGAAAUGAAUGGUUCUGUGGCACCGGUGGUAGAGGAAGGCAUGAGCAGAUAAAGCAGAAUUUGCAACAGUACCUCAAUUUCUGUACUAGGGGUCAUUAAGAUGUAUAUAUGUAUAUGUAUAUGUACAUAUAUGAACUUUGUUAUGAUCAGUAAUUAUAUGUUGUAUUGUUGCUCCAAUCAAAUAAUUAAGGCUCUUGACUAAA